AUGAGACCUUAUUCGGUUGGAAAAGCUCGUUUCAACUUGCGUCGUGCUCAGAAGGAGACUUUUGAGCUUCAGAUCCAGUGGCGUAUGUCUCGAACUGGAAGAGAGAGGCGUCGGUUUGCUUGAAUCCAAAGGAAUCAACAGAAAAGAGUUUCCUUGAGGGCCACGAGACGUCUUGUCGCUGCCGAGACGUUUGAACGUUUCUGCCGCCUUAUGCUCAGCUCGAUGCUGAGAGUAGAAGCCACUCUGGCACAAGCAGCGGCGAUGAUCCGGGCUCAGUAUCCGGAAGAAGCUCCUUCUUCGGAGAUUUUGACGGAGGGUGCGUUUCUUUUCGAAUGGAGUUACCACUCCAUCGAAGAAAUGAAUCCGAAGUUCGAUAGAUUGAUAUUGCGAUCUUCAGACCCCGAGGGUGCUCCCCAGGAGCCUCUGGAGGAGAUCUGGCGUGCGGAGGAUUUCCCUUAAGGAAUUCUGUUUGGUCAGUUUGUAGCUGAAAUCAGAAUAAUCAUGGAGAAUUGCAGUUGGCGUCUUUUUUCGGCCGUGUUGCCCUACUCGUCGUUUCUUCGUGCUGUUUGGUUUAUUUUAUUGUGUGACCUGUGAAUAAAAUAUUGUGUUCAAACUUGUUGAGUUUCGGUGAAAAGAAGUGUGCUCCAACAUGCACUCGAUUAUUUUAAAAAUGGUUGUUGAUAAUAAUUCUAUUGAGAAGUGGUUGAGGUGCAUUCAUGGACGCUCAGAUCCUUCGUCGUCAACAGGCCGUUUUCCGGGCCAACCUCAAGGUCCAACAGGCCGGUCAAGAGGUCGGCAAACUGAGCAAGUUCGCUUCUCGAGCCGAGGAGCGCGCCCGUGUCAAGCGGACUUUCCGAGGAGAAUUCUUUCCGGGAGAAGAAGUCUUCGAGAACAGUCUUCCCCGGGAGAUCGAGAAGCGAAGGACCAAGGCCGCGGUGGCUUCUGCUCUUCGAGCUUCUCGUUUUGCUCGGGUUCAGCUGGAGAAGUACCAGUCGCGUCUGGAGAAGGCUCUUCGUGACAAGGGCAACGAGGUGAAAAAGUCCCCGUGUGAAAAUCUCAUGGUGUUGUUCUUAGAUUGUCGAAGAAGCCGAAGAUGAUGAUGUUGAGGGCGACGCUUCCAUCUGA